AUGGCGACGGUAGAAACUGCACAAGCAGUUUCGAUGGAAAGGCCCUCAAGUCAAGGGAGCCCUCGACUCUUCAUGCUGCCUUUCCACGGUACUAGUGAGGAUGCCCAGCCCAGCAGGGCAUCAGCUGCUGUCGCGACGGCAUCCAAUCAUUCCAACGAUGACAGCGCCUCUUCAAUCGACCAUGUAAUGGAUAAGAAACCAACGAAGACCAUCACAAAGCGACAGAAGGCUAAGCGCCAUUGUGCCAAGUUCAAGUGGUGGUACUUAGGCGGGUUGCUUAUAUUUCUCGUAAUUUUGCUCCCAAUCCUCUUCAAAGUCAUAAUUCCUGCCAUCGUCCAAAAAAUUGUCAACAAUCAAGGUCUACCGGUGGAGAGUGGUGUCAUUCGAGCCGUUUCACCAGACGAGCUUUCCGUCACUCUCAAGACCUCACUCGACACGCCGCUACCGGCCAUGAUUAACCCCUUCGAGAUGAAUCUCUACAACAAAGAUAGCGAUGAUCCUUCUCCUUUCGUCAAAAUCCAGCUACCUAAGGUGAAGGUUAAUCAUAACACCACUGUUACGGUUGAGGAACAGACAGUGAAAGUUUUGAACGAAAAGCAGCUAGUUUGGUGGUUUAGCAAUAUAUUCGACCAAGCAGAGACAGAACUCUCCCUAUCUGGUAGACCCAAAGUCAGUCUUGGGGCCCUGAACUAUGAACCCAAGAUGGAUCUCACGGUGAAGGUGCCAGGGUUAAAUCGCCUUCAGGGUUUUACGGUUGAAAAGCUAGAGUUCACAGGGGGCCAGGAUGGCAGUAGCAAGAACAUCAGAGGGAAGCUCAUCCUUCCAAAUGCGGGGGUCCUCACACUUGGUCUAGGGAAUCUCACCUUGAACAUCAUCUCCGGAGACGUUCACCUCGGUGUCGUUAAUGUUUACAACGUGGAACUCAAGCCCGGGAAUAAUACAAACGACUUUGACGGUGAGAUCUACCUCGACCAGCUUAUUCCCAAUUUAGGCGCCCUCCUAGACAGCCAGAAAGAUGCCUUGACUGUUGGGGCUAUCGAUCUCAUCGUCACUGGGAACUCAACAAUUGUCAAUGGCCAACACAUCAAAUAUGUGGAAUCAGUUCUAAACAACAGAAUUAUUAGCACAAGGAUUCCCAUUAUGACACUAGCAGGGGAUAUCCUUAGCGGUAUCCUCAGCAGUGACUCUCAGUCUUCACUUGUUAAUGUCAUCGGCAAUGUGUUCGGUAACUCCUCGUUACUUGAGAGCACGUGGAGUCACUGGAGUAAAGAUCAGACUGGAGAUAGCUCGGAGUCUCAGCCAACUGAAAAGAAGAGGGAUGCUCCCCAAUUUUCUCUAGUACAAAAUCUAGUCAGGAUGAGUGUCAGAGCAAGCUUGAAGGCAAGCAUCAGGUAA